AUGUAUUGGAGGAGAAGAUCUGAGUUUCCUCCCAUCGGACCUUCUCCAAUGCGCUUUGAGAAGGUGGUGAGGACGUGAGGAAUGAAACAAAUACAAUUGAUAUUCAUCCCAUGGCUCUGUUCUCAAAUAAAAUACAAAUAAAAUGUUCACAUGCUUCCUAUACAACAAGUGUAGACUAACAGUGAAAUGCUUACUUACAGUGAAAUGCUUACUUACAGUGAAAUGCUUACUUACAGUGAAAUGCUACUUCCCAACAAUGCAGAGAGAAAAAUAAUAUAAAUAUAAUAACACAAUAAAUACACAAUCUGUGACAAUAACUUGGCUAUAUACACAGGGUACCAGUACCGAGUCGAUGUGCAGGGGUACGAGGUAAUUGAGGUACAUAUGGGUAGGGGUAAUGUGACUAGGCAACAGGAUAGAUAAUAAGCAGUAGCAGCAGUGUAUGUGAUGAGUCAAAAGAGUUAGUGCAAAGGGGGGUCAAUGCAUAUAGUCCAGGUAGCUAUUUGGUUAACUAUUUACCAGUCUUAUGGCUUGGAGAUAGAAGCUUAUCAGGGUCCUGUUGGUUCUAGAUUUGGUGCAUCGGUACCACUUGCCAUGUGGUAGCAGAGAGAACAGUCUAUGACUUGGGUGGCUGGAGUCUUCGACAAUUUUUAGGGCCUUCCCCUGACACCGCCUGGUAUAGAGGUCCUGGAUAGCAGGAAGCUCGGCCCCAGUGAUGUACUGGGCCGUACGCACUACCCUCUGUAGCACCUUAUGGUCGGAUGCCAAGCAGUUGCCAUACCAGUCAAGAUGCUCUCAAUGGUGCAGUGGUAUAACUUUUUGAGAAUCUGAGGGCCCAUGUCAAAUAUUUUCAGCCUCCUGAGGGGAUAGAGGUGUUGUCGUGCCUUCUUCACGACUGUCUUGGUGUGCGUGGACCAUGUUAAUUCCUUAGUGAUGUGGACACCGAGGAACUUGAAGCUCUCAACCCGCUCCACUACAGCCCCGUCGAUGUGGAUGGGGGCGUGCUCAGCCCUCCUUUUCCUUUAGACCACGAUCAGCUCCUUUGUCUUGCAGACGUUUAGGGAAAGGUUGUUGUCCUGGCACCACACUGCCAGGUCACUGACCUCCUUUCAAUAGAGUACCACAGUAUGAGUAAUAAUACCCAUAAAACCUAAUAAUACCCAUGGUUCCAAUCGUUUUUCCACCAUUCAUUUUUCCCAUAAGGGAUUUUAGAAACACUUCAAAUAAGGGCUGUGUUUCGUAUACGCUUACCCUGGCGUGAUGUUUUGAUAACUGUGUAGAUCUCUCUAGGACAAGGUGACUUUUAUCAAUAUAUUUGCCUGUUUUCAUGAUGGUGUUGGAGUCGUGCGCGGCCACGCAGUCGUGGGUGAACAGGGAGUACAGGAGGGAACUAGGCAUGCACCCCUGAGGGCCCCCCAUGUUAAGGGCCAGCAUGGCAGAUGUGUUGUUGCCUACCCUCACCACCUGGGGGUGUCCUGUCAGGAAGUCCAGGAUCCAGUUGCAGAGGGAGGUGUUCAGUCCCAGGGUCCUGAGCUUAGUGAUGAGCUUGGAGGGCACUAUGGUGGUGUACGCUAAGCUGUAGUCAAUGAAAAACAUUCUCACAUACAGUAGGUGUUAUGUAGGUGGGGAGGGCAGUGUGGAGUGCAAUGGAGAUUGUGUCUUCUAUUAGGGUGGUAUGCAAAUUGGAGUGGGUCCAGGGUGUCUGGAAUGAUGGUGUUGAUGUGAGCCAUGACCAGUCUUUCAAAGCAUUUUAUGGCUACAGAUGUGAGUGCUAUGGGGCCAUAGUCAUUUAGACAGGUUAUCUUGGAGUUAUUGAGCCCAGGGACUAUGGAGGUCUACUUGAAACAUGUAGGUAUUACAGACAGGGUCAGGGAGACUUUGAAAAUAUCAGUGAAGAUACUUGCCAGCUGAUCAGCGCGUGCUCUAGGUACGCUUCCUUGUAAUCAAUCUGUCCCCGCGGCCUUGUGAAUGUUAACCUGCUUAAAGGUCUUGCCUGUUUGAUGGCUUCCGGAUGGCGUCCAGAUUAGUGUCCCACUCCUUGAAAGUGGCAGCUCUAGCCUUUAGCUCAGUGCGGAUGUUGCCUGUAGUCCAUGGUUUCUGGUUGGGAUAUGUACGUACGUUCACUGUGGGGACGACGUCGUCGAUGCACUUAUUAAUGAAGCUGGUGACUGAUGUGGUAAACACCUCAAUGUUAUCAGAUAAAUCCCAGAACAUAUUCCAGUAUGUGCUAGCAAAACAGUCCUGUAGCUUAGCAUCCGCUUCAUCGGACCACUUCCGUAUUGAGCACGUCACUGGUACUUACUGUUUGAAUUUGUGCUUGUAAGCAGGAAUCAGGAGCAUAGAGUUAUGGUCAGAUUUGCCAAAGGGAGGGCGAGGGAGAGCCUUGUGUUUGUUUCUGUGUGUGGAGUAAAGGUGAUCAAAGAUUAGUUUUGUCACCUCUAGUUGCACAGGUGAAAUGCUGUUAAAAGUGAGGUAAAAUGGAUUUCAGUUUCGCUGCAUUAAAAUCACCGGCCAGCGCCGCGACCGGGAGACCCAUGCGGCGGCGCACAAUUGGCCCAGCGUCGGCUGGGUUAGGGGAGGGUUUGGCCGGCUGGGAUAUUCCUUGUCCCAUCGCGCUCUAGCGACUCCUUGUGGCGGCCCGGGCGCAUGCACGCUGACUUCAGUCACCAGCUGUAAGGUGCUUCCUCUGACACAUUGGUGGGGCUGGCUUCCGGGUUAAGCGAGCAGUGUGUCAAGAAGCAGUGCGGCUUGGCGGGGUCGUGAUUCGGAGGACACAUGGCUCUCGACCUUCGCCUCUCCCGAGUCCGUACGGGAGUUCAGCGAUGGGACAAGACUGUAACUACCAAUUGGAUAUCACGAAAAAGUGGUAAAAAGUACCCAAAAAAUCAAAAUACAAAAAUUCUCCGGCCAUUCUGCCUAUGGAUGUGCAUUUUCUUGUUUGCUUGUGGCCCUAUACAGCUCAUUUAGUGCGGUCUUAGUGCCAGCAUUGAUUUGUGGUGGUAAAUAGACAGCUACAAGGUAUCUACAUUUACAUUUUACAUUUAAGUCAUUUAGCAGACGCUCUUAUCCAGAGCGACUUACAGUUAGUGAAAGCAAAAACUAGAGACCUCCUAAACUAGAGACCUCCUAAACAAUAGAGUAAGAAGAAUGUCUAGAGCUGCUGACUCAAUGAAGUAGAAAUCUUGAUCCAAAUCGUGGUUAGUGAUCGAUGUUCUGAUGUCCAGAAGCCAUUUUCGAUCAUAGGAAAUUAAGGUGGAGACAUUAUGUAAAAAAAAUUAAAAAAUAGCAGUAUUGGUCAGGAGCCCGUAUAACGGCCGCUAUCCACUGCAGUCCAUCAAUCAUGACGGGGAGUGUGCAAGUCCAUACUUUGGGAUAAGUGUGGAGAAUUCGGGACGCAGACAAUGCUUACCAAAGUUUCUGAGCCAAAUGUCUCAACAGACGCCUCUUUCUCUCUUUUGACAGUGCUUAUCACAGGCUACAAUGGAGGACAGUGAGAGGUUCUUCACCAAGCUGAUUGAGACAAGGUGCUCAGAGGUGAGAGAGGUGAUCCAAGCUAAAGAGAAGGAGAUGGUGAGUGAGGCUGAGGGACUCCUACAGACACUAGAGCAGGAGCUUGAUGAGCUGAAGAGGACUGAAACAGAGGGCAGACAGCUUCCACACAUAGAGGUCUACCCCCAUUUCCUACAGGUAAGAUCAAUAGCGCUCUAAUAAAGUGCUACAGAUGUUCACAAGAACAUUUAAGAGUGUAAAGUUUGACAUUUAGAAGGGGAAAUGUUUUGAUCCGUUUUGAACAAAGGCAUUUAUUUUCUCUAUAUUGGUAGGUCAAUAUCAUUCAGCACUUAGAAUAUAGACAACUUCACCUGGGGAUAAAGACACAUUUUGGACAUUCAUUUUUAUUUUAUUUUUUUCACCUUUAUUUAACCAGGUAAACCAGUUGAGAACAAGUUCUCAUUUACAACUGCGACCUGGCCAAGAUAAAGCAAAGCAGUGCGAUAAAAACAACAACACAGAGUUACAUAUGGGGUAAAACAAAACAAAGUCAAAAAUACAACAGAAAUAAAUAUAUAUACAGUGUGUGCAAAUGUAGCAAGUUAUGGAGGUAAGGCAAUAAAUAGGCUAUAGUGCAAAAUAAUUACAAUUAGUAUUAACACUGGAAUGAUAGAUGUGCAAGAGAUGAUGUGCAAAUAGAGAUACUGGGGUACAAAUGAGCAAAAUAAAUAACAAUAUAGGGAUGAGGUAGUUGGGCGGGCUAAUUUCAGAUGGGCUGUGUACAGGUGCAGUGAUCGGUAAGGUGCUCUGACAACUGAUGCUUAAAGUUAGUGAGGGAGAUGAGUGUCUCCGGCUUCAGAGAUUUUUGCAAUUCGUUCCAGUCAUUGGCAGCAGAGAACUGGAAGGAAUGGCGGCCAAAGGAGGUGUUGGCUUUGGGGAUGACCAGUGAGAUAUACCUGCUGGAGCGCAUACUACGGGUGGGUGUUGCUAUGGUGACCAAUGAGCUAAGAUAAGGCGGGGAUUUGCCUAGCAGUGAUUUAUAGAUGGCCUGGAGCCAGUGGGUUUGGCGACGAAUAUGUAGUGAGGACCAGCCAACAAGAGCGUACAGGUCACAGUGGUGGGUAGUAUAUGGGGCUUUGGAGACAAAACGGAUGGCACUGUGAUAGACUACAUCCAAUUUGCUGAGUAGAGUGUUGGAGGCUAUUUUGUAAAUGACAUCGCCGAAGUCAAGGAUCGGUAGGAUAGUCAGUUUUACGAGGGCAUGUUUGGCAGCAUGAGUGAAGGAGGCUUUGUUGCGAAAUAGGAAACCAAUUCUAGAUUUAACUUUGGAUUGGAGAUUCUUAAUGUGAGUCUGGAAGGAGAGUUUACAGUCUAACCAGACACCUAGAUAUUUGUAGUUGUCCACAUACUCUAGGUCAGACCCGUCGAGAGUAGUGAUUCUAGUCGGGUGGGCGGGUGCAAGCAGUGUUCGGUUGAAGAGCAUGCAUUUAGUUUUACUAGUGUUUAAGAGCAGUUGGAGGCUACUGAAGGAGUGUUGUAUGGCAUUGAAGCUCGUUUGGAGGUUUGUUAACACAGUGUCCAAUGAAGGGCCAGAUGUAUACAAAAUGGUGUCGUCUGCGUAGAGGUGGAUCUGAGAGAGGCAUGACAGCAUUUUGUACCAUUGUAGAGGAUGGAGAACACUUACGUUUUCAGAAUUUCAAGGAGAAAUAUGGUAUGGAUAACCAAGAUUUCUUCAGAUAUUUAAAAUUAGUCUUUUGAAAAAGAGAAAUAUUACAGAGCCUUCUUUGAUACCAAAUAUGACUAUCCAUGUGAUUCGAAAUGCAUAUAAAUAGGCAAUGUCCAAGACAACCUCUUCACUCUGUCAUGGCCUGAUAGACUCUAGAAAAGACUCAACUCUUUAUAUUAAAGCAAAAUGGGAAAAGGAACUGAAUAUAGACAUCUCAGAGGAAGACUGGGACAAUAUAUGCAGUACCCAAAAUACAGUGCAUUCAGAAAGUAUUCAGACCUGUUGACUUUUUCCACAUUUCGUUACAUUACAGCCUUAUUCUAAAAUUGAUUAAACUGCCCCCCCCCCCCCCCCCCCCCCCCCUCAUCAAUCUACACACAAUACCCAAUAAUGACAAAGCAAAAACAGGUUCUUAGAAAUCUUUGCCAAUUUAUUAAAAAUAAAAAACUGAAAUAUCACAUUUACAUAAGUAUUCAGACCCUUUACUCAGUACUUUGUUGAAGCACCUUUAGCAGCGAUUACAGCCUCGAGUCUUCUUCGGUAUGAGGCUACAAGCUUGGCACACCUGUAUUUGUGGAAUUUCUCCCAUUCUUCUCUGCAGAUCCUCUCAAGCUCUGUCAGGUUGGAUGGGGAGUGUUGCUUCACAGCAAUUUUCAGGUCUCCCAAGAGAUGUUUGAUCAGGUUCAAGUCCGGGCUCUGGCUGGGCAAUUCAAGGACAUUCAGAGACUUGUCCCUAAGCCACUCCUGCGUUGUCUUGACUGUGUGCUUAGGGUCGUUGUCCUGUUAGAAGGUGAACCUUUGCCCCAGUCUGAGGUCCUGAGCGCUCUGGUUUUCAUCAAGUAUCUCUCUGUACUUUGCUCCCUGCCACUGAAAAACAUCCCCGCAGCAUGAUGCUGCCACCACCGUGCUUCACCGUAGGGAUGGUGCCAGGUUUCCUCCAGACGUGACGCUUGGCAUUCAGGCCAAAGAGUUCAAUCUUGGUUUCACCAGAAUCGAGAAUCUUGUUUCGCAUGGUCUGAGGAUCCUUUAGGUGCCUUUUGACAAACUCCAAGCAGGCUGUAAUGUGCCUUUUACUGAGGAGUGGCUUCCGUCUGGCCACUCUACCAUAAAGGCCUGAUUGGUGCAGAGAUGGUUGUCUUUCUGGAAGGCUCUCCCAUCUCCACAGAGGAUCUCUGGAGCUCUGUCAAAGUGACCAUCAGGUUUUUGGUCAUGUCCCUGACCUAGGCCCUUCUCCCCCGAUUGCUCAGUUUGGCCGGGCGGCCAGCUCUAGGUAGAGUAGUGGUGGUUCCAAACUCCUUCCAUUUAAGAAUGAUGGAGGCCACUGUGUUCUUGGGGACCUUCAAUGCUGCAGACAUUUUUUUGUACCCUUCCCCCGAUCUGUGCCGCGAUACAAUCCUGUCUCGGAGCUCUACGGACAAUUCCUUUGACCUCAUGGCUUGGUUUUUGCUCUGACAUUCACUGUCAACUGUGGGACCUUUAUAUAGACAGGUGUGUUUCUUUCCAUAUCAUGUAAAAUUGAAUUUACCACAGGUGGACUCCAAUCAAGUUGUAGACACAUCUCAAGGAUGAUCAAUGGAAACAGGAUGCACCUGAGCUCAAUUUCGAGUCUCAUAGCAAAUGGUCUGAAUACUUAUGUAAAUAAGGUAUUUCUGUUUUAUUUUAUUUUUGAUACAUUUGCAAAAAUGUCUCAACCUGUUUUCGCUUUGUCAUUAUGGGGUAUUGUGUGUAGAUUGAGGAUUUUUACUUAUUUCAUCCAUUUUAGAAUAAGGCUGUAACGUAACAAAAUGUGGAAAAAGAAAGUGGUCUGAAUACUUUCCGAAUGCACUGUACUUCUGCAAACUCAAUGAUAAAGAAAUGUGUGAGUAAGAUAUGACUAAAAUGUCACACCCUCAGUUAAACUAACAAUGUAUGACUAAUUAGUAGACUAGAGCUUAGAGAGUUAAUCAAAUGUGUUUAUAUCACAGCAACAGAGUAUUUGUGUCUUGUAAUUAGGCAAGCAGAAGUGCAAAACGAUUGAAACCAAAUAACAGGAGACUGGUUCCCAAAACACACAGGGAAAGGGGAGUGAAGAGGCUUUCAGGAUAUUGUGAGGACGCGAUAACUGAAGAAUGCAGCCUGCCCGAGCAAGAAGUAGACUAUGAUAAGAACGUGUGUGUGUGUGUGUGUGUGUGUGUGUGACCUGAUGGUCAGGAGAUCAGAGGAAAAUCACGUGAGCUAGACCCAGGUGUGAACUUACAAGAUGUGUACAGUGGAAAAAUACAGCCCGCCUACAGCGGGGUGGGAUUUCUCCUCUGACGUGUGCAUAUAAAAAUAUUGUACGACCAUUUUGUUGCAGAGCGCUCUCAUGAAUAAACGUGUUGACCAUUGCAGGAUUGAGUCUUUGUUUAAUUUAUUCAAACUAAGAGAUUUACAACCUUUUGGGAAUUAUUCAAAGAUUUAAGAAGUAGUUGACUUCAACCAUUGAGAUAACAAUAUUAUUGUGACACUCAAGAACAUGGAGAGAGUUCUGUUUUGAAAAAUAUAACUCAUUUUUUUAUCACUCCUAGAAUCAAAAGUCAACAGCUAGGUAUACAACAGCCAUGCUGGCAGCUGUGUGGCCAUGUAGAUGCCAACCACACCCAUGUUUAAUGGAAAUAUCCAAAGAUGUCAUUUUUGGGGGAUAAUGUAUGCUCAGUGCUAAAAGAUGUCUUAAGAUAUGAAGUCCCUAGAACUUGCCCUAUAAUGUACCUUGGUAAUGUCCCAGAGAAUGUGAUGGGCAGUCAGAUACUUGUUAAAAGUCACCUUGCUGCAAGUAAAAAAGCCAGUACCAGGAACUGGUAUAAAGUAGAAGCCCCAAAAGUAUAAUCCAAUAAAUCUUUAUAUGGAAAGCUUGACAUACAUAUACCUUAAGACUCCAAAAACCUUUAUUUGAAAGUAACUGGGAGAAAUAGAUAUAAUUCACAAACCAGGAAGACUUGAUUAACUAAUAUCUUGCUAAGCUUUAGUUCAUUGUUUUGUUUUAGUUUUUUUUACUGUUUUUGCUGAACUGUUUUGAAAAGGUGUGUGUGUGUAUGUGUGUGUAUAUAUAUAUAUAUAUAUAUAUAUAUAUAUAUAUAUAUAUAUUAUAUUAAAAAGAGGAUAUAGACAACUUCUAUCUCUGCUCACUAUAUAUAACUAUUUAUAUGGACACCUGAUAUGUUGACUUUUACCAUGUUGCAGUGUAUUAAGAAGUUUUUCUGAAAUGGAUUUGUGGGAUAUCUGAUGUCCUGAAUGUUUCAUUGUCUGUUUGUAGACAUUGCCCAGCAUCACUGAGGCUUUUGAAGAAGUGAGGACAUAUGCCUCUGAAAUGCAACAACAAUUUGAGGAUUCCUCCAAGUUGCAAUUUGUGGAGUUUUCUAAAUCAGGUGCUUAUUUCAAAUUAUAGGCCUACUUAGGUCUGCAAAAUUCCAGUAACUUUCCCAACAUGCCCAGGUUUUUCAGAAAUCCUGGUUAGAGGCAAUUGGAUUCCCUGCUUAUUCCCUCCUGAUUCCGGGAAUCUUCCAGCCGGGAUUUCUGGAAAACCUGGGAAGUAUGGUUAAAUUGCUGGGAUUUUUGCAACCCAAGGACUACUAUUUCUAAGCACAAUAAGAUUCCUUCAUAUGUGAACACUUUUUUUUCUGUAUUUCUUUCAACAGUUGAAGAAAGUCUGGGACCAUACAGUAAGUACCCAGCUAGCACAACGUUCUGAGAACCAUAUGUUUCUUAGAGCUUGGUGAGAGCGUGGUUGUCCUAUAGUUAUUUUGCAUACAACCUUCCCACAACGUUCUGGGAAUGGUGCAGAUUACCCAACUAGCACAUAAUUUUCUGAAAACCAUAUGUUUCUUUGGUGGGAAUUCCAGUACUUCAGCAUAACAUUUCCUACAGGUUUCCUCAUGGUUCUAUUUAAAAUUAUGUUCUCAAAUCAUUCCGAGAAUGUUAAGAAACAACGUUCUUCUGUGGGAAUUUCAGUACUUCAUGAUAAGGUUUUCUACAGAUUUCAUCAUGGUUCUAUUUAAAGUCAUGCUCUCAGAACACUAAGAAAACUUUCUAUAAAAACCACAAGAAAACAUUAAUAACGUUUAAAGAAGGUUCUAAGAAUGUUAUUUAACAACGAAUAUAUCCUAUCUUGUUAAGUGUGUUCAGGUGUGAUGGCCACGCCCACUAAUAGGCCACACCUGAUCAUAAUGAGUGCUUGUUCCCUUUGAAAUGGGGUCUGUUUAAAUAGAUUAAAAUGAACAGUUUUGUAUGAGUAAAAAAAACAUGGUGUGAUAGCUCCGUCGUGGUGGCACAGUGGACUAAUUCCAUGGAUAAACAACAGAAGAUCAUAGGUUCAAGUCUCACUGACGGCGUGCCACAAUAACAAAUAAAUGUGUUUGCAUGAUUAAUGCCUAAGCAAAAUAAUUUCCAUGUGUCCUAUCUGUGCUUGGAAUUAAAAUCAAUUAAAUUAAACUACCAGUGUUAUUAAAAGUCUUAUUGAAACAUAUUCUCAAAACGUUAUUUAAUUACCUAUAAUUUUAAUUCUCAGAACGUUAAUACAACCUCCCAAGGAAAACUUUCAGGAAACAUAGUAAAAGGUUCUGAGAACCUCCCUGAGACCUUAAAAUGUAAGUUCCCAGAACAGGCUACUUUUCACUUUUUUAAACGUUCUCAAACGUUUUAAAAAACAUUCAGUUUUACCGGUCAGGAAACGUAUGACUUCGUUUCCAGAACCAAUGGGAAACCAAAACGUACAUUCCCACAACUUCCAAGGAACCAAAUGUGCUAGCUGGGUAGUACCAUCACAGCAGAAUUACUGGCAUAAAGUAAAGGACCUAACAUACAGGACUGACAUACAACCUCCUCUUUCUCCUUCUUGUUUUAUUUUUCUCUCGCUCUCUCUCAGCUAUCAGUUCUCUUAGCACUACCAGACAGGCAGUGGAAGAAAAGGACUUGGUAAGAUCUGGUCAGAUUAAUAUAUACAUUUGUAAUACACUCCUGGUUGAAUAUCGAUGCGAUAAUAUCUGUUGGUGAUGCUGCCCCUUUGUUAUUGCCUCCCUACCCCCCUUUAACUCUGCUUACUCCCUCUUCUGCCCUCUUAACUUAUUACUUGAAGGAGGACUUUGUUGACCUAGAGACAGUGAAGACAGAAGAAAUGUAUGAACAAAUGGAUAACAUCCUGGCCAGUCUGACUCCCAAGAACUUCCAUCAGUCGAUGAAGGUAGUGAGUGCAUUCACCAUUGACACAGAGGACAAACUCAAGGGCAUCAUUGACUCUAUAUAUGAGAGGGCCAUCCUAAACCCUACCAGCGCCGAGGUCUAUGCCAAGGUGUGCCACCACCACCAAUUCAUGGGGGUACGUCUGCAUCUGUACAAGUCUCCAUGUGUGUAUUUGUGUUUGCCUGUCACCAACAGCUGUGUAUUACACCUGCAUUACUAGCUGUUUGGGGUUUUAGGCUGGGUUUCUGUACAGCACUUCGAGAUAUUAGCUGAUGUAAGAAGGGCUAUAUAAAAUAAAAUUGAUUGAUUGAUUGAUAUUAUUGUUUUAAAGAUUUUACUAACUCUUAGGGCAACACUGAGUGUACAAAACAUUGCUCUUUCCAUGUCUUAGACUGACCAGGUGAAUCCAGGUAAAAGCUAUGAUCCCUUAUUGAUGACACUUGUUAAAUCCACUUCAAUCAGUGUAGAUGGAGGAUUUUUCAGCCUUGAGACAAUUGAGACGUGAAUUGUGUAUGUGUGCCAUUCAGAGGGUGAAUGGACAAGACAAAAUAUUUAAGUUCCAUUUGAACGGGGUAUGGUAGUAGGUGCCAGGCGCACAGGUUUGAGUGUGUCAAGAACUACAACGCUGCUGGGUUUUUCACGCUCAACAGUUUCCUGUGUGUAUCAAGAAUAGUCCAUCACCCAAAGGACAUCCAGCUAACUUGACACAACUGUGGGACGCAUUGGAGUCAACAUUUUCAAGUAUUUUCAAUUAUUGUGGUGGCAACAUGUUAUGGGUAUGCUUGUCACCGGCAGCGACUGGGGAGUUUGUCAAGAUCAAAAUACAUUUUUGAAAGGAGCAAAGCCCAGGUAAAAAGUUAAAGGAAAACCCGCCAUAGUCUUCUGAAAACUUAACUAUGGGAUAGAGUUUUCCUUUUCAGCUGGACAAUUACGCACAUUUUAAUGCAAAAAAAACACACCAAAAUGGUUUUCCAAUAAGUAUUGAGUGUUCGUGAGUGGUCCAGUAUCAACCCCCCUGACUUAAAUCUGCGUGAAAAUCAUAGACAAGGUUUGAAUAUUGCUGUCCAUCAAUGAUUCCCAACUGAAUUUACUGAGCUUGAGCAAUUUUGACUAAAAACAAUGCCCUGUAAUGGCUGCAAAAGGUGCUUCCACCAAGUAUUAGGCUAACUUUGCGGUGUGAAGAAGUACGCAAUCAAUGUCUUCAUUUUUUAUCUUUUAUUAAUUUGGAAGAUUUUCUAUAAUUUGUCUUUCAUUUUGAAAAUGUGAAGUAGUUUGUGCAGAUCUGUAGGAAGAAAUCCCGAUUUUUAAUUUUUAUUUGAAGGCAGCAAAAUGUGAAGACUGUGUGACUAUAUAUAUAUAUAUAUAUAUAUAUAAUCAAAUAAGUAUCCAAUACAGAAAUGUAAUAGUGUUCAACGUUCAGAAUCUAAUUCAAAUCUAACUCGCUCUCUGUGUCGCUCUCUCCAUAAUCUGAUGACAACCCAUCAAUGGGUUUUUGUGUCCUACAUAUCCUGCCCUUUCAGCUCAAAAUACCUGGAGUGACAGUAAAUUUCCGCAAGCUGCUGCUGAACCAAUGCCAGAAGGGCUUUGAGAAAGAUAAUAGUAAGAUCUUAAAAGAAAAGCAGAGGGAACUGGACGCCACCACUGAGGUAGCACAUCAUACACCAACAUUUUAUCUCUGAGAUAUCAAAAUCCACAUUACAUAAACUUAAGUUCUCUUCCUAAUGCCUUAUUCUUUCUAAACAAUUGUAAUUGAUUAAGUUUCCCUUAACUUUACAUUGGUAUUACAUUUAAGUAUUCCCUUCAACUGAUCAUUGUAACGCUUGUAACAACUUGUACCUUGUUUAGUCCAGUGCCAUUUUUAUUAGUACAAGGCAGGCUGAACAGACGUCCCGGUUUCCUUCCAGGAGGAGGACCGCCAGCGACUGAGGGAGGAGCUGGAGGAGGCUAAGGCAGAGGGGCAGCGGGAGUUGCUAGGCAACAUCACAUUCAUCUGCGAGUUGUUCAAGUUGAAGUUGAUGACCGAGGGCCUCAUAGACUACUGCAUCGUAAAGCUAAUAAAGGAUGGGGAUGAUGAUUCGCUAGAGGGUCUGUGCACAAUACUCUUCACCAUUGGCAAGGACUUGGACUCUGAGAAGAACCAGGUCUGUCUGUCUGUAUAGAUUUAUUGAUGUGCGUCUGUUGUUUGUCAGUCAACAGCAUUCACUAAGCCUGUCUAUACUUCCACAGCCCAGAAUGGAUGAGCACUACACGCAGAUUAAUCUGAUAAAGGAGAGAAGGAGGACCUCCCACAGAAUCCGUUAUAUGCUUCAUGAUGUGCUGGACCUCAGAACGGUAUGACCAGCUAUCCCACAACCUCCACUACCUGUUAUGUUUGUUCUGUGUCUUUGGUUGUCUGUCUGUCUCUCUCUCUUUCUCCCCCUCCCUCCCUCUCUCUCACCUAUCCUCUAAUCUUAAACCACUGAUAUUAGAUUGUUCAAGUCUAAUUUAAUGUUUCACUCUCUGUUCCACUUUCUCUCUCCAGCUCCAUUUGUACAAGGAACAAAAGGAAGACCAUUGAAGACCAGGACUGUGUUUUUUACAAUGGUUUUCCAACACACAUGCACAAACACCCAUCAUCGAGUUACUGUAAAUGUUUAUUUGUUUAAUUUGAUAUGUAUAGUCCAAUCACAAGAACUGAACAUAGCCGUUUUGCAUUGAAAUGCAUGUUUCAUGUGUGUUACCAGGUUUCAAUUCAACCUUUUUAUGCAAGUAAAGUACAGAUGUAUGAUCUUCAUUUGAGGCAGUUUGUUACAGCAGGAAAAGAAUCCUGCAGCAACAGUAAAUGUGUAUUAUUCUGUGGAUUAUAAUUAAUGGAUAUGUUUUAUAGGGGUUGAUGCAUUUUACGUUAGGGCAAAUCAGGUCUGACAUUUUAAAGUGGAAAUUACUAACUUUAGAAGCCUUUUUAAACCUUGAAUACACUACAAGUUUGCAUUUCCUGCUGUGCAAGAAAAUUCGCACCUACAAGAGUGAUCAAAUUAAGAUCCUACAUCUGUACGUGUCGGAUUGAAAAUGUCACGACAGGCCUGAUGGAAACAGCUAAUUUGUCAGUAAACUUUCCAGAGUUUGACAAAACAAGGUGAGAUUGUUUUGUGUCUGUAAAAUGUAUUAUGUGAGAAAUGGCAGUGGAACAUAUUCAUGCGCAAAUAUUGAUAUAACAAGGCAACAGUAAACAUGUUGUCCCCCAUGAAUGAUGCAAGGUAGGGGACAUUAGACCGGUGGAAAUCUGUCCUUUGGUCUGAUGAGUCCAAAUCUGAGAUUUUUGGUUCCAACCGCCGUGUCUUUGUGAGACGCAGAGUAGGUGAACAGAUGAUCUCCACAUGUGUGGGUCCCACCGUGAAGCAUGGAGGAGGAGGUGUGAUGGUGCUUUGCUGGUGACACUGUCAGUGAUUUAUUUAGAAUUCAAGUUACACUUAACCAGCAUGGCUAGCACAGCAUUCUGUGCAUCACCUUACCUCAACCCAAUUGAGAUGGUUUGGGAUGAGUCGGACCGCAGAGUGAAGGAAAAGCAGCAAACAAGUGCUCAGCAUAUGUGGGAACUCCUUCAAGACUGUUGGAAAAGCAUUCCAGGUUAAGCUGGUUGAGAGAAUGCCAAGAGUGUGCAAAGCUGUCAUCAAGGCAAAGGGAGGCUACUUUGAAGAAUCUCAAAUAUAAAACAUAUUUUGAUUUGUUUAACACUUUUUUUGGGUUACUACAUGAUUCCAUAUGUGUUAUUUCAUAAUUUUGAUGUCUUCACUAUGUACAAUGUAGAAAAUAGUUUAAAUAAAUACAUAUAUAAUUUUAAAAAAAACUUUAAUGAGCAGGUGUGUCCAAACUUUUGACUGGUAUUGUAUGUUAUAUAUAUAUAUAUAUAUAUAUAUAUAUAUAUAUAUAUAUAUAUAUAAUAGGAUACUGUAUAUAUUUCCUUGAUUUAUAAAAAUAAUAAUAACAGGCCUGUGCACAGGGUGCAAUUAUCCAGGACCUAGCCUACUGAGGCGGGACUCACUCAAGACAGAGGGGGAAGGCCCUGACAUUCUUGCCUCCGCUUGCAAACCAAAUGCUGGUUGAUAACAAGCAUCAAAUCAAGCAUUAUUUAUACAGCUCAUUUCAGACAUGGAAUGCAACACAAUGUGCUUUACAGAAGAAGAAAAAACAAUGAAAAUAAAAAGAAUGACACAAAUAAAAAGCACCCUAAGGAAAAGCAAAGCUAAAAAUAUGUGUUUUAAGAUGUCUUUUAAAAAUGUCCAGCGUUUCGGCCCCCCUCAUGUUCUCUGACAGGCUAUUCCAGAGGCUGGGGGCAUAAUAACUAAAGGCUGCCUCCAUGCCUCUUGGUCCUAGGCUUUGGGAUAGUUAAAAGGCCAGUGCCAGUGGACCUGCUGGAUACAUAACUUAAAAGCAUGUCUGACAUGUAUUGGGGUGCACAAUAGUGGAUUGAUUUAAAAACCAAUAGAAGAAUCUUCAACUUAAUUCUAAAACUCACAGGCAUCCAGUGCAGAGACCUUAAAACCAGUGUAAUGUGUGGUCAGUACCUGUGCUGCAGCACUCUGUAUGUUUUGCAGUUGAUCAAUGGCUUUCUUGGGUAGACCAGACAGGAUAGCAUUAGAGUAGUCAAGCCUGCUUGUAAUAAAAGCAUGGAUGAGUCUCUCUGUAUCAGCCUAAGAGAGAAACGGCCGCACCUUGGCAAUGUUCCUCAGGUGGUAAAAAGCUAUUUUGGUCACAUUCCUAAUGUGUUGUGGUGGCCGAAUUUUCCACAACAGUGUGAUUCGAAAUUGAGUUCAGAAUCUAAAAUAACACCUAGGUUUUUUAACUGGUGUUUUAUCUUUAUUGCCCGUGAAUUAAAAUGUGCGGCUAGAUUCUCUCUCUGUGCUUUGACUCCAACAAUAAGUACCUUGGUCUUGUCUUGAUUUAGCUGGAGGAAGUUCUGAGCCAUCCAAGUAUUUAAAUCACUAAUACAGUCUAAUAAUUUAUCCGUGGAGCUAAAUCUAUCAGAAUGGUAGGAGAUGACAGUUUGUAUAAACUCACUAGAAGGCGGAGUUAAAGGAAUGAAAAUUAGGUUACUCACAAUAACCGUAGUGCCAUUUCUACAGGAGUUGAUAUGCUUUCCAAGUCCUCUGUUGCUUAUUCUGACCGGGAGAACUGGAGCACUACCAGAAUGUCCGUUUGCGAUUUUGCUGGAAAUAAUCCCGGAACCCCUGCGGUUAGGUUGAAUCCUGUCUCUUUUAAAAAGACUUGGUUGCUCCCACAGCAAAUCAAAGUUGUCACGAAAAGACGUUGGGAAAAUUGUGAAGGAUUAAAUAAAAAUCUAUUUUUUUUUGUUUUUGAGUUUGAAAAUGUACUGGCCCAAGCGAACCAUGUGAAAGCUUGAUUAACUGGCCCGGUGAGCUCGGCAGAUGUUGCCGGACCAGCAGGCAGCCCUGAAUGUUGACCCCUGCAGUCUCUUUAGCUAAUCCACUCCCUGUACUGUGCCAAAGAAAAAAACACCACCUGCUGGAGAAAACAAAUUUUGGGCCCAGUUAUCCCUCUCACUUCGCCUCCUCCCCUCUCCGGUGUGACUCACACAUUUCAGUUAAUUAUUAUAGCUUCCGCCUUGGCCCAAUCAGUGUAAUUUUGUAAAUGCUGGAUCUCUAUCGCAGGAUGCAUCAUUCACCCAAGUUUCGUCGAAAUCGGGCCAGUGCUGUCUGAGAUCGUGUGUGACCAACGUAUGGACGGACCACAAUCCCCUCCUCGUAUGGACCGAUCCACAGUCCCCUCCUCGGUUUCGUCAUGGGGGACAAUAACCAUCAUAUCGAAGUAAACUUUGAGUCACAAAAUGACAUGUUGUGUGGUCCUCCCACUACGACUCAGGAAAGCAUACAGUUUAUUAGGCUACAGAUUAAAUAAAUUAUGGUGAACUUCACAGGGAGGUGAAAGUGCAAGGUGAUGAACUUGAUGCUCCUUUCCAAUCAAUAUCGAGGGUCUUAUUCUGACAUGAUGAUCGAUGCUUGGCUGCCGUUUGGCACAUCAAAAUAAUCUCUCUCUUUGGCAAAUAAUAAUCUCAUCAUGUAGGCUAUACCCACACUGUUUCUGCAAGCUGUUGGCUAGAGCGCACGUGCCAAUACCAGAGUGGGCACAUUCGCUAUAUAACGCAACAUGUUUUGUGACAAAACCAUCAGUAGAUGGAAACCUUGUAUUUUUGAUUUGCUACAUUCAGGAAUUUAAAUGUAAAAGUAAUGUUUAUGUGCACUACGUCAUCACCCACAGCCUUUUAUCCGCAACAAGUCAAUUUGAUGGAAAGACAUCUCUGGUGGGAAAAUGCGGAAAUUAGAAUAUUUGCAUGGAAAUCUGUCGCCAAUUGAAUGGAAACCUAGCUUGUGUUGUAAUAUGUGUUAUUUAUACUUAUAGUGCAUUCGGAAUGUAUUCAGACCCCAUCACUUUUUCCACAUUUUGUUACGUUACAGCCUUAUUCUAAAAUGGAUUAAAUAAAAAAAAAUCCUCAUCAAUCUACACACAAUACCCCAUAAUGACAAAGUGAAAACAGAUUUUCAGAGAUUUUUGCUAAUUCCUAUAAAAAAAAUAAACAGUAAUACCUUAUUUACAUACGUUUUCAGACCCUUUGCUAUGACACUCGAAAUUGAGAUCAGGUUCAUCCUGUUUCCAUUGAUCAUCCUUGAGAUGUUUCUACAACUUGAUUGGAGUCCACCUGUGGUAAAUUAAAUUGAUAUACAUGAAUUGGAAAGGCACACACCUGUCUAUGUAAGGUCCCACAGUUGACAGUGCAUGUCAGAGCAAAAAACAAGCCAUGAGGUCGAAGGAAUUGUCCGUAGAGCUCCGAGACAGGAUUAUGUUGAGGCACAGAUCUGGGGAAGGGUACCAAAACAUUUCUGCAGCAUUGAAGGUCCCCAAGAACACAGUGGCCUCCAUCAUUCUUAAAUGGAAGAAGUUUGGAACCACCAAGACUCUUCCUAGAGCUGACCACUGGCCAAACUGAGCAAUCGGGGGAGAAGGGCCUUGGUCCGGGAGGUGAUCAAGAACCUGAUGGUAACUUUGACAGAGCUCCAGAGUUCCUCUGUGGAGAUUGGAGAAACUUCCAGAAGGACAACCAUCUCUGCAGCACUCCACCAAUCAGGCCAGACAGAAGCCACUCCUCAGUAAAAGGCACAUGACAGCCCACUUGGAGUUUGCCAAAAGGCACCUAAAGAUUCUCAGACCAUGAGAAACAAGAUUCUCUGGUCUGAUGAAACCAAGAUUGAACUCUUUGGCCUGAAUGCCAAGUGUCACGUCUGGAGGAAACCUGGCACCAGCCCUACGGUGAAGCGUGGUGGUGGCAGCAUCAUGCUGUGGGGAUGUUUUUCAGCGGCAGGGACUGGGAGACUAGUCAGGAUUGAGGGAAAGAUGAACGGAGUAAAGUACAGCGAGAUCCUUGAUGAAAACCUGCUCCAGAGCGCUCAGGACCUCAGACUGGGGCGAAGGUUCACCUUCCAACAGGACAACGACCCUAAGCACACAGUCAAGACAAUGCAGGAGUGGCUUCGGGACAAGUCUCUGAAUGUCCUUGAGUGGCCCAGCCAGAGGCCAGACUUAAUCCCGAACGAACAUCUCUGGAGAGACCUGAAAAUAGCUGUGCAGCAACGCUCCCCAGCCAAGCUGACAGAGCUUGAGAGGAUAUGCAGAGAAGAAUGGGAGAAACUCCCCAAAUACAGGUGUGCCAAGCUUGUAGCAUCAUACCUAAGAAGACUCGGCUGUAAUCGCUGCCAAAGGUGCUUCAACAAAGUAUUGAGUAAAGGGUCUGAAUACUUAUGGAAAUGUAAUAUUUCCGUUUUUAAUUUUGUAUAAAUUUAGAGGGCCUAGAGAACUGCCCUGCGGUACACCACACCCUACAUGUUUGACAUUAGAGAAGCUUCCAUUAAAGAAAACCCUCUGAGUUAUAUUAGAUAAAUAGCUCUGAAUCCAUGAUAUAGCAGAGGUUGAAAAGCCAUAAAACAUAUUACAUUUACAUUUUAGUCAUUUAGCAGAUGCUCUUAUCCAGAGCGACUUACAGUUAGUGAGUGCAUACAUUAUAUAUAUAUAUAUAUAUAUAUAUAUAUUUUUUUUUUUUUUUUCAUACUGGCCCCCCGUGGGAAACAAACCCACAAGCCUGCCGGCCAUUCCCUCCCCUACCCUGGACGACGCUGUGCCAAUUGUGCGCCGCCCCAUGGGUCUCCCGGUCACGGCCGGCUACGACAGAGCCUGGAUUCGAACCAGGAUAUCUAGUGGCACAGCUGUUUUCUCCUCAACAGGUUAUGGUCAAUAAUAUCAAAUGUAACAGUACAGCUCCCACAAUCUUCUUAUCAAUUUCUUUCAACCAAUCAUCAGUCAUUUGUGUCAGUGCAGUACAUGUUGAGUGCCCUUCUCUAUAAGCAUGCUGAAAGUCUGUUGUCAAUUUGUUUACAGAGAAAUAGCAUUGUAUUUGGUCAAACACAUUUUUUUCCUACAGUUUGCUAAUAGCUGGCAGCAAGUUGAUUGGUCUGCUGUUAGAACCAGUAAAGGCCGCUUGGGUAGCAGAAUGACUUUGGCUUCCCUCCAGGCCUGAGCAUAAACACCUUCCUCUAGACUCAGAUUAAAGAUAUGACAGAUAGGAGUGGCCAUAGACUCACCUACCAUCCUCAGUAGCCUUCCAUUUAAGUUGUCAAUGCCAGGAGGUUUGUCAUUAUUGAUCGAUAACAAUAAUUUUUCCACCUGUCCCACACGAACUUUACAAAAUUCAAAACGUACAAUGCUUUUCUUUCAUUAUUUGUUUUUUUUAUGCAUGAAUACAGUGGCUCACUUUUCGUUAUUGGCAUUUCCUGCUUAAGUUUGCACACUUUGCCAAUGAAGUAAUCAUUUAAAUAAUUGGCAACAUCAAAUGGUUUUGUGAUGAAUAAGCCAUCUGAUUCGAUGAACGAUGGAGUUGAAUUUGUCUUUCUGCCCAUAAUUUCAUUUAAAGUACAGCAAAGUUUUUUUCCAUCAUACUUUAUGUCAUUGAUAUUGGCUUCAUAAUACAGUUUCUUCUUCUUUUUGUUAAGUUUAGUCACAUAAUUUCUCAAUUUGCAAUAAGUCAGCUAGUCAGAUGUGCAGCCAGACUUAUUAGCUCUCCUUUUGCCCCAUCUCUUUCAACCAUACAGUUUUUCAAUUCCUCAUCAAUUCAUGGAGCCUUACAGUUUCUUAACAGGGGCAUGUUUAUCAAUAAUUGGAAGAAGCAAUUUCAUAAAUUCAUAAAGUGCAGCGCCUGGAUGCUCCCUAUUAAUCACAUCAGACCAACAAAUAUGUUUUACAUCAUCCACAUAAGAGUCGCAGCAAAAACUUUUGUAUGAUCUCAUAUACACUAUUUUAGGCCCAGCUUUUGGAACCUUGGUUCUCCUAGAUAUAGCCACUAUAUUGUGAUCACUGCAUCCAAUGGGUACGGAUACAGCUUUAGAACAGAGUUCUACAGUAUUAGUAAAAAUGGGAUCAAUACAUGUGGAUGAUCUUGUUCCUGUAGUGUUUGUAAACACCCUGGUAGGUUGAUUAAUAACCUGAACCAGAUGACAGGCACUGGUUACACAGAGAAGCUACCUCUUGAGCGGACAGCUUGAUAAAUACCACUCAAUAUUCAGGUCCCCAAGAAAGUAGAUCUCUCUGUUUACAUCACAUACACUAUCUAGCAUUUCACACACAUUAUUUAGAUACUGACUGUUAGCACUUGGUGGCCAAACACUGUUAACACUUGACAUGGGUUAAGGCAGGGUUUCCCAAACUCGGUCCUGACACCCCUCGGGUGCACAUUUUGUUUUUUGCCCUAGCACUACACAGCUGAUUCAAAUAAUCAAAGCUUGAUGAUGAAUUGGUUAUUUGAAUCAGCUGUGUACUGCUAGGACAAAAACCAAAAUGUGCACCCAGGGGGGCCGCCCCAGGACCAAGUUUGGGAAACCCUAGGUUAAGGAAGGAUCACACAGAAAAUAACAUCCAGAUCAACAGGAGGUAUCAGCCUAUGAAUUAUACUCCUGAGUAAACGUUCCAUAACUGAAUGUGGCAGUAAAUCACCAACCCAGGUGGCAGUAUGCACCCUUUCUGUUUGUUUAGCGAGUGUCAAUAAACUCAUAGAAGUAGAAGACGAAGAAAUGUACUACUUUAACAUGGAGAUAAGCCUCAAUGGUGCUGCCCAUGCUGUCACAGAAGCCAUAAUGGCAAAGACGUACCCUCUAUCCAACUCUAUGUUCUACACUUGCAGGUAAAGGCCACUCCCCAUCUGACUCAUUGAAAAACGGUUUCAGAAAUGUGCCACCGUGGUUUUAUACCAGACCACAUGUUGAUCUUAGCCUGAUUGAAGGAAAUAAACAGUGGUGUAAAGAAGAUAAUGUAGGAACAAUAGUGGAUCAAUAUAUUAGUCAUCGGUUUUAUUAUUUUCUUGCCGUGUAUACAGAUGGUUCAAAGGAUCCCAUGAAUGGGAAGACAGGAGCAGGUGUAUUUAUUCCUGAGUUCGAUGUUAAUUUAUGUAAGAGACUAACAAAUGAUUUAUCUGUAUCUGCAACAGAAAUGGAUGUGAUAAUUGUUGGAUUGCAAUGGAUAGAGGCGGCGCAACCAAGAAGAGUAGUAAUAUGUUCUGACUCUACAUCAGUUUUGUGUAGUUUAAGAUCUGGAAAGUCAGAAUGUGAGGAUUUAUGGUUAGCAAUAAUGAUGCUCUUUUUGGGGUUCCAAAGUAAUGGUAUCGUAAUUCAGUUCUGUUGGAUUCCGGCUCAUACAGGAGUUUAUGGAAAUGAUAUAGUAGAUACAAUAGCAAAAAGACCAGUGAAAAAGGUGCAGUUGGGUAGAGGGGAAAUUAAAUCAUUAAUUCGGAAAAAUGGGUUAGAUUGCUGGCAGAGACAAUGGGAUGAAAGUAGUAUGGGCAGACAUGUUUAUAGUACAAUGAAAUCUGUAGAUGGUGUCAUAUAAUGGAAAUGAAAGGGAGGAAUUUAUGUUGUGUAGGAUGAGAUUAGGGCAUACGGGAUUUAAUUAAUCUUUGAAAUUGAUAGGGAAACAUGGUACUGGAAUGUGUAAUGGCUGUAUGGUAGAGAAACCGUUUGAACAUGUAUUAUUAUUUUGUGAAAUGUAUGAUGUAGAAAGGGAGAUGUUAUUUGACAGGGUCAGAGAGGUUGGACGGGAAUGGGGAGUGGGUGGUAUUUUGGGUGGGGGUGAUGGGAGUAAUGAGAUUUGUAGGGAAUUAUUUUAUUUUAUUAGAAAUGUAGGGUUAGUUAAGAGAAUAUAGUGGUAUAGGUUGGUUGUGAGCUGCUUCACACUCCAGUACAGUAGGUGGCGGUGUAUGCACAUGUCAGUUGGUUGCGAUUUGCCAAUAAAACUUGAAGAAGAAGAACCGUUUCAGAGAAAUGAAACUGAAUGUGACUAGAUGAUUAUUCUCAGUGUUUUUAAGGACAUUGAAAAUGGCAGAGGUCUGUAUUUCAGUGUACCUGGAUGAGUUUAGCUGCUCAAUCUGUCUGGAUUUACUGAACGAUCCGGUGACUAUUCCCUGUGGACACAGCUACUGUAGAGUCUGUAUUAAGGGUCACUGGGAUCAGGAUGAUCAAAAGCUUAUCUACAGCUGCCCUCAAUGCAGACAGACCUUUACCCCAAGGCCUGUCCUGAGCAGAAACAACAUGCUAACUGAAGUAGUGGGGAAACUGAAGAAGACGGGACAAGAAGUUUCACCUUCUCUGCCGUAUGUUGGACCUGGAGAUGUGCCAUGUGACAUCUGUACUGAUAAACGACACAGAGCAGUGAAAUCCUGUUUGGUGUGUCUGGCCUCAUACUGUGAGACUCACAUUCAGCCUCACUAUGAAUCAACAGUUUUGAAGAAACAUAGUCUGUGUAAAGCCUCCACACAACUAAAGGAGAAGAUCUGCCCUCACCAUGACAAACUGUUGGAGGUCUACUGCUGCACUGAUCAACAGUGCAUUUGUUAUCAGUGUGCUAUAGAUCAACACAGAGGUCAUGAAAUUGUUGUAGCUCAAGCUGAAAGGACAAAGAAACAGGUAUGCCAGAAAGCUUUUGUUCUUCAAUGUAAUCUUGUUGUUGUUGUCAUCACAGCAUUAAUAUUAUCAAAUAGUGUUUAAUAUGUAUAUUCACAGGAACAGGUGAAGAAGGUACAAAUGGAAUGUCAGCAGAAAAUCAAGGAGAGGGAAACUGUGAUGCUGGAUCUGCAAAACGUGAUGGGUUCUGUCAAGGUAAGUUUUGACCUGUGGAUGUAAAAUAUGGCAACAUUAAAGGACAAAACACAUUGCGAAGACAAACCUCUAAAAGUAGAGGGUGGCUGCAGUGUGUCAGGAUAUCAACAGAAAAUGAUGUACUGAAUGCCAAUGUUCUAGUCUGAGCAGAUAGGACGGCCACCCACUGCUUUUAAUUAACCGUUCGUCAGCACAGUGUGUUGUCCUUAAACAUGUAAAUGCCAUUUAUUGUCUUAUUUCCGGGCGGCUCUCCUAUAGUUAGAUUAGCCACUCAACCUGUAUCUCACUGUGGGCAACAGAUUGAUGGAGCUCAAGUAGAGCCAUAUUUUCAAUGGUAAAAUAAAACCACAGAAUGUUUUCAGGAACUAUUAAAACAUACAACCAGGUAAAUUGUAAACAGCAACACUGUAGGUUGUAAACAAGUAUAUUACGAUGGCGGCUUCAAUUAAAUUCCUACUUUCUGAAUUCCCUAUCAGUGCUCUGCACAGGAAGCUGUGGUGGACAGUGAGAGGACCUUCAAUGAGCUGAUCCGCUUCAUUGAGAGAAGAAGCUCUGAGGUGAGAGAGAUUAUCAAAGCUAAGGAGAGGGAUAUGGUGUGCGAGACUGAAGGACUUCUAGAGACACUGGAGAAGGACAAUGUUGAGCUGAGGAAGAUUGAUGCUAACAUUAUUCUGCUUACACAGACAGAGGAUCACAUCCAUUUCCUCCAGGUACUGCAGCAUUAGUAACUCUCCGAGCCAUUUAGAAAUAUAUGGCUCUGGUAACUAUGCUCCUCUGUAAUUUUCAUGUACAUAGAAGUCUUGCUAUUUUUUCUCUCUAUUUACAAUCCUGCAUCUCUCUUUUGUUUCUGUUUGAAUCUAGAGCUGCAAGUCUCUAGUUGCCCCUCUUGGAUUUGAAGACAUACCCAGGAUUCCUGUUGGUCAUCAAGUAUAUUUUGAGAAAGUUAAGAUGUUCACCUCUACACUGAAAGACAAACUAGAGGAUGUCUGCACAGAGGAACUGGUGAAGGUCUCUAAAACAGGUACUCAUUAAAUAUUACUCAAUGUGUCUCUUAAUGGAUUGUUCUGUAUAUAAGAUAAUUCCCUUCUCUUUUUCCUUAUGUCUUUAUCUACACAGCUGAGGAUGUGUACAGUCUAUUUAUGUAGGUAGCAAAGCUCAGACAGUGUACAUUGUCUACAGUCUCCACUAGGACACCACCAGCUCCUCAACAUUAAUGUAUGUAUUUUUCUGCUCUCUGUCUCUCUCUACUUAUCUCUCUCUAAUCUUUGGAUCUGGUCUAGAUAUAACUGGCAAUUUUGUCAGUGAGGAGUCAGUAGAACGGAACCUGGUAAGUGCCUACUGUAGUUGUGUUGUAGUACCUUCUAAAUUGAAUAUUGCCAGUGAUAUUUUACCAUGUCACCCAUAUCUGCCCUAUAGGGCUUGAAGGAAACCAUGCAAGCUGAGGAUCCACAGAUGCAGAAGCUGUUUGUCCCUAUGUGUCACAUCCUGGACAGGUUGACUCCUAAGAACUUCCAGCAGUUGAUGGUGGUAGUGACUGAGCUCACCAUUGACACAGACAACAAGCUGAAGGGCAUCGUUGACCUCAUACAUGAGAGGGCCAUAGCACACCCUGCCAGCUCUGUGGUGUACGCCAACUUGUGCCGCUGCCUCAUGGGGGUAAGUCUGCAACUGUUUGUGCCCGUCUCCCUUUGUCUUAGCUCUUGUUUGCCAAAUGCCAGGACCACUUUACCAAUAAAACAUUGAUUCACAGGCAUUUUGACUUUUUGUAACUUUGAUGUAAAAACAUAAUUUUUACUCUUCAGCUCAAAGUGCCAAAGUCAUAUAAUCCGAGAGUGACUGUGAAUUUCCGUAAUUAUCUGCUGAAUCGAUGCCAGAGGGAGUUUGAGAAUGAUACAUCUGAGCUGUUUGGAGGAAAGCAGAAGGAGCUGGACACCGCCACCAAGGUACAAUAACAUAUUUUAGGGGCUAGCUUAAGCUGACACCUAGUGAUCUUGGCAAGAGGUUUGGUUCUCGUUUUAACAGCUAAGGGGUUGGAUUGACAGUUGCUAGUUCCCAGGUUUCAAGCCCCGGUUGGGAUUAUCCCCCUGAUUUCACUGCAAUAUGCAUGUCAUAAAACAAAUGUUCCAUGGUUACUCCAUAGACAGAACACACUGACACAUAUUUGAUAUACAGUAUAUGACAUCAGAACUUGCUCCUUACAUUGCAGUGGAAAUAAAUUGUUAUUCCCAAUUAAAUUAGAAUUUUAUCAAAAGUGCUUAAACACUCUGAUACAACUUGUGAAACCUGUCCAAACCUUCCAGGGGGAGGUCAGCCAGCGACUGAAGGAGGAACCGGAGGAGGCCAAGGCCAUGUGGUGCAGACGGUCUCUAGGCAACAUCAGAUUCAUUUGCGAGUUGUUCAAGUUGAAGAUGCUUACAGAGUCAAUUGUGCACACCUGUAUCAUAAAGCUAUCUAAUGAUGGCGAUGAUAACUCUCUGGAGUGUCUGUGCACAAUGCUCUCCACCAUCGGCAAGGACUUGGACGUAGAGAAGGCCAGGGUACAGCAUUGUCUGUCUGUUUUGAAUCAUUGAUUUGAUCUGUUAUAUUUAUACGAGUACAGUGCAUUUUAAUCCCAAAUGAUUGGAUAGAUCAAUCCAAUAGAUUAAGAUCUACAAAUCAGUCAACGCAUUCACUUGGCCUGUCUAUAUCUCCACAGCCCAGAAUGAAUCAGUACUACAGGAAUAUUGAGACUAUUGUGAAGAACAGGACAACCUCCCCGAGAAUCCGCUAUAUGCUGCAGGAUGUGCUGGACCUCAGAAAGGUAUGACCAGUAAUCCCUCAACCUCUUUUAACGUCUACAUAAAAAACGUUGUUUGCUUGCCUAUUUUUCUUGCAAAAAAAAAUAGCAAGGCAUAGUAUAGUUUGUAUGCAUCAACUGUAGGAAUUACAGUCCUUUAAUACUGAUUAUUGUAUUGCGUCAUUACAAGAGUGAUGUAAUGUUUCUCUCUGUAUGUAUGUUUUUCGUUCUCUAGCUUCAUCUGUAGUAAAGGGGAGACCAUAUGCACAGGACAAGAUGGAAGCACACACACCAUGCACACACACGCCACGCACACACACACACACACACACACAUCAAUAUGUAAUAAGAGUGAAAUCGUGUGUAAGAUAUAAUUAUUUGAGAAAUUAAGUAUGAUAAUGUAAGACAAUUUGCUAUUGAUAUAUACAAUUAAACUGAUAUUAAACAUGUAUUUCCUACAAUAAAAAUAUGUAUAUUACCCGAAAGUCUCUGUAGUUCUAUAUCAGAGUUUUGCGUAACCUGGUUUACUAAGAUAUCAGCAGAAAUAAGGAUUUGCAUGAAACCGACAAUAAAAUGUAUGUGUUCAUUUGACCAGGUAAAUUGGCUGAGAAACCACAUUCUCUUUUACAGCAACAUGGGGGAAGAGUUCUAGGGGAGAGGGGUUAUAAUCUACAAAUUAUAAUUAUAAUCAUACAAUUCUUAUUUACAUACUGUAUGUGAUGGAAGGAACAACUUCCUGGUACUGUAUUAUUGAAACAGAGUGCAAGGCUGGGAUGGGGAUUCCCACCACAACUCGCAUACAAACAAGACAGUUAAUACCACCUACUGGCCACUAAGUGACACUGCACACAUCGUAUCUUAAUUGGCACUCCACCCCUUUUCUAGCAUUAAAGUAAGAUAUGUCAAUCCAAAGAGCGUCUCUUUAUGUAUUCAUAUGAUAUAUGUGUGCUCGUCCCUGUAUAUGGUAAGUGUCCUUCCCCAGAGUCCUUCUCCUGCCCUCUGUGUGGAGACGGUUGUAAUGAGAGUCAUGCGGGGCUGCUAUCCGUCUGUCUGUCUGUGGCAGGAAAAGGCCUGGUUUAUUCCCUCAGUCCAGCUCUAUGGAUUGGGAAAGGGCUGUGUCUGUCUUGGGAGCCCAGCCCCUCAGGCUUCUUUGUGGCCAAGGGAGGAGGGUAG